GCAAGAUGGCGCUGCGGCCGGGCCUAGGAGCUGGCGGCGCCUCCGCUCCUGCCGCCGCCGGGCCGCCGGGGGCCGUGGCUGCUGCCGGGGGCGGCGCCGGGGCGGGCGGCGGAGGCAGCCCGCGGCCUGCCAGCUUCAUGUUUCCUGUGCCAGGUGGUCUUGGCCCUCCUCAAGGCAUGAUUCCUAUGCAACAGCAAGGCUUCUCAAUGAUGUCUGUCAUGCAGCCCAACAUGCAAGGCAUGAUGAACAUGAAUUACGGCUCUCAGAUGCCUCCUGGAGCAGUGGCCAUGCAGGGUGGCAUGUCAUUGGGCCCAAUGCCUACAGCUGGAAUGCCGUACAUGGGGCAGGCUUCUUUCCUAGGAAUGCGCCCUACAGCUCCUCAGUACACCCCUGAUAUGCGGAAGCAGUUUGUUGAAGAGCAGCAGAAAAGAUAUGAACAUCAGCAAAAGUUUUUGGAAGAGGAAAGGAAAAGGCGCCAGUUUGAGGAGCAGAAACAAAAGCUAAGGCUUUUGAGCAGUGUAAAACCAAAGAUGGGUGAGAAAAGCAGAGAUGACGCAUUGGAAGCCAUUAAAGGGAACCUGGAUGGAUUUUCCAGGGAUGCUAAACUGCACCCUACGCCAACAUCACACCCCAAAAAUGCAGAUCAUCCCACACCAUCCCAUUCUACCGUGUCUGUCUCCCAUACCUCUGCCUUUCUUGACGACGACGAGUUUAGUGACUUUAUACAGGGGCCCGUCGAGCCCCCAGCACUUGUGCCUUCAGCCUCUUCCCAGCCUUUUCAGUCUUGCCAUCCUCCUUCCCAAGCCGGGCAACGGCUUUCAGAGAAGGCUGUGGCCCAGCCUCUCCCUCCAGUCCAGAUUCCAGUGUCCUCCAUCCUCCAUGGUACCAUUGGGCAGGGUCCUUAUUUCUCUACCUCUGCAACUUCACAAAACACUCAGAAAACAGGCCAUUCCACAGAAAAGCAGCAUUCACCACCUUGCAGUUGGGAUGAUUUGGGGCAGACUCAAAUCAAACUUAAAAUGCCUGAAAUUGAGUCGGGAGCUACGGCUAUCAGUCGUUCUGACCAAAGGUUAACAGCCGAUAACUGCAGGCCCUCAGAGGGGCUCGCACGUGACACGCCAAGUACAGGGGCAAACAAGGCUUCAGAACAGAACCUGUCAGUCGAGCAGUGUGGUGUUGGUGUAUUUCCUUCACAGGACCCGAUCCAGCAACUGAUGCCCCCGUGGAUUUACAACGAUAGUUUGGUUCCAGAUCUAUACAAGAAAAUUUUAGAAACCACCAUGUCACCUACUGGAAUAGACACCGUCAAACUGUACCCUGUUCUGAUAUCAUCAGGGCUUCCCAGAGAGACUCUUGGGCAAAUAUGGGCCUUAGCCAAUCGUACCACACCUGGGAAGCUUACAAAAGAAGAACUGUACACUGUUCUGGCUAUGAUAGCGGUCGCUCAGAGAGGAGUUCCAUCUAUGAGUCCUGACGUUUUAAACCAGUUUCCAUCUGCUCCUAUCCCUACGUUAAGCGGGUUUCCACUGGCAAUCCCCGUCACAGUGAGCCAACAACCAAUGAUGUCCCCAGGACCACCAGUUUCCAUGCCUCUUAGUAUUGGGCCGUCAGUUGUGGGGAUAAACUUGGCCGCACCAGUCGGUGGAGCUGCAACACAGGUUUCCAGUGGCUUUCUGCAGUCUUUCCCUGCACAUCAGGCAGCCAAGCCAGAAGAUGACGAUUUUCAGGAUUUCCAAGAAGCUUCCAAGGCUGGGGGGCUUGAUGACCCCUUCACGGAUUUCCAAGGAGACGUGUCUGGACCUCCCAAGACUACCACUGCACAGCACCAGAGCAGUGUUCCUCCGAUGCUGAUCCCGCUGUCUGGCACAAAAGUGCCUGCCGCUGUGGAUAAGUAUGCCGCUUUUAAAGGGAUUGCUUCUGACAAGCCCACUGAAGGUCCAGCUUCAGUUGGAGAUUACGGAGACAAAUACAGUGCUUUUCGAGAGCUGGAGCAGCCAUCUGAGACUAAACCCCUAGCAGACAGCUUUGCAGAAUUCAAAUCUGCGGGGGCAGAUGAUGGCUUCACGGAUUUUAAAACUGCCGACAGCGUCUCACCCUUAGACCCGCCUGCAAAAGAUAAAUUGUUCCCCGCGCCUUUCUCUUCUCUACCCGCACAAUCAAAGCAGCAACCCCAAGCAAAGCCUCCUCUGAAUCUGGCAGACCUGGCUCUGUUUUCCUCAGCCCCUGCUGGAGAGAAUAGGUCUCUUCCUUUUCCAGUCACUUACAAUUCCUUGAAACCGGCUUCUUUUCCUGUGCCGCAACCCCCAACGUCCACAGCUGCCCCCACUCGGCCAAUGCCCAGCAGUAGUUCGAUCCUAGCUGAUGAGUUUGCUGAUUUCAACCUUUUGGGAGGUUUAUCAAAUUGUCCCUCAGCCCACAAUCAGGAUGAAUUUGCAGAUUUCAUGGCUUUCAACAACAGCACCAGCUGUCCGGAGCAGAAGCCUGGUGAAAAAUCCAAGCCAGACACCAGCCUUGUUCCUCCAGUAGGCUCCUCCGUCAGCAUGGCAAAGAGCGGGCAAAGCCCUCCCUCCUCAGCUGCUCCCACAAAAUAUGACAUCUUCAAACAGCUGUCUCUGGAUAGCCCCAGCUUAGGCUUGGAAGAAGCAAAAGACCACACCCCUUCGUCCACAAAGAGUGAAGAUGACUUUGCCGACUUCCAUUCCAACAAGUUUUCCUCCAUUUCUGAGAAAUCCCUGGUUGACAAACUGGCAGCAUUCAAGCAUGCCAAAGAGGAUUCUGCCUCCGUGAAGUCUCUGGACCUCCCCUCCAUCGGGGGCAGCAGUGUGGGCAAGGAAGACUCUGAAGACGCGCUCUCUGUCCAGUUUGACAUGAAACUGGCAGAUGUGGGAGGAGACCUUAAGCAUGUCAUGUCUGAUAGCUCUUUGGAUUUACCAACCGUUAGUGGCCAGCAUCCGCCAGCAGCAGAUCUUGAUGACUUGAAAGGUGCCCCCUUUGGAAGUUACAGCCAGGACUCUGCUUUGAGUAGCUUUCCAAGCUAUGACUGGUCUGAUAAGGAGGACACCUACCAAAGCAGGAAGUUCUCCUUCCCACUUCCCCCUGGAAGUGGCUCCUCCUCAGCUACCUCUGUCCUUCAGAAGAAAGAGACCUUGUUUGGCAGUUCAGAAAACAUCACCAUGACCACUGUUUCUAAAGUAACAACUUUUGCAAGCGAGGAUGCUCUCCAAGAUGUGCAGUUUUCACCCUUUGCAAACUUCAAAGGUUCUGACCAUCAGUCUGUGGACCAGAGCGAUGACGAUGUGGAAGACUUUGGGGAAUUUGCGAGACCUUUGGCAAAGGGGCACAAAGCCCCAGCCGCGAUCCAAGAGGCAGGUGCCAGCAAUGCCACUUUGGGAGCAACUAAAGAAAGCAUGGAUGACUUUGGAGAGUUUCAAAGCGAGAAGCCAAAGAUUAGCAAGUUUGACUUCCUACUGGCCACUUCCCAGGGAAAAAUGAAAUCUAGCGAAGAAAUGAUCAAGAGUGAGCUUGCAACCUUCGACCUCUCUGUGCAAGGAUCUCACAAAAGGAGCUUGAGCUUGGGUGACAGAGAGAUAAGCCGCUCCUCACCUUUGCCAUCCCUGGAGCAGCCAUUCAGAGAUCGGUCAAAUACCCUGAGUGAGAAACCUGCCCUACCUGUCAUCAGAGACAAAUAUAAAGAUCUGACGGGGGAAGUAGAGGAGAGCGAGAGAUAUGCUUAUGAAUGGCAGAGAUGCUUGGAAAGUGCACUCCAAAUCAUCAAGAAGGCAAAUGACACCCUGAAUGGCAUUAGCAGUUCUUCUGUGUGCACAGAAGUAAUUCAGUCUGCCCAAGGCAUGGAGUAUUUGUUAGGGGUCGUUGAGGUUUACAGAGUAACAAAACGAGUUGAGUUGGGCAUCAAAGCUACGGCUGUCUGUAGUGAGAAACUCCAGCAGCUGUUGAAGGAUAUUGAUAAAGUAUGGAACAACCUGAUUGGCUUCAUGUCACUGGCUGCUUUAACGCCUGAUGAAAACUCGUUGGAUUUCUCUUCUUGCAUGCUUCGUCCAGGAAUUAAAAAUGCUCAAGAGCUGGCUUGUGGCGUCUGUCUCUUGAACGUUGAUUCUAGAAGCAAAAAAGAAGACAAGCCUGCGGAAGAACCUCCUAGAGAAGCCUUUAAUUCAGAGGCUGACAAUUUUAAACUUGCUUAUGGAGGGCACCAGUACCAUGCCAGCUGCGCCAACUUCUGGAUCAAUUGCGUGGAGCCCAAACCUCCUGGUCUCAUUUUGCCUGAUCUGCUCUGAAGACACUUCUGCUGACUCGAUGCAGUCCUGCUAGGGAACUAUACACUGGAAGGGGGCGGGGUGGGGACGAAGGGGUAGGUGGGUUGCAGGGGCGGGGCAAUAAAUGUGACGUUUUUUCCAAGUAAGUGGUUAGAGUAUUUAUAAAAUGUUUUUGUUUCAGGCUUUGCUGCUCUGGUGCAAAAGCCACUAUUUAUCUCCUAGUUCCUUGUGAAGGACUUUGUAAAGAAGGAUUCGGAAUGCAGUUUUUCUUUGUUUUUCGCCCUGAGGUACAAACUGCUGCGUUUCUUGAGUGGGAUUUGACUAGCACUGCUUGUCAAGUGCGGUAAACCAUUGUUUCUAAAUUUGGGGAAGUGGGCAAUGAAAAUUCCUCCUCCAAGACGGUAAAGAAGUGACUUGCAUUUCAAGCUGCAGUGGAUCUUAGAAACCUAAAGGGGUUUGUUUGUGUGUUUUAAAUAAGGUCUUAAAUGAGUCUCCUGGCUCCUAAGCCUGAGAACCCUCCAACAGGGAACUCUUGACAACGUAGGUUUUAGGAGGUUGUCGACUCAGAUUUUCUGAUGCUUCUCCAUCCCUGUCUGGAAAUAAAUAAUGAAUUGGGCCCAGUGGUGGCCCUUAGUACCUUCCCCGAUGCAAGAGGCUAUUUUGCACUUAUAUUGGGGAAAGGGUUCUUGCACCAGGCAAAAGGGUUGCUGUCCUCGGAUCUAGCAUGUUUCUCAAAAAAUUUUUACUGCAUACAUGCCUCAAUGAGUCCAGGGACUGGAGUCUUUAUUUUCAUUUUAAUUUUUUUAGAAUUAAGUGGCAGUAUGGCAUGAAGUCAAGGGUCUUGUCAUAAACUUGUGUCAUUUUUCUAAGGGCAUUACCACUAUAUGUGACUCAUACAAUUUGGGGGCAAGCACAGACCUUUCCUAAGCAAAAAUACUGUCUUCCGUUGGUUGAAUUGUCAUUUCUUAGAUGUGCUCUGAUAGAAAACCUUUUUCUUGCACAGUCUGGGGGUGGCAAGUGUUGGCCUGCCCUUAAGCAAGUGGCUUAAAUAAUCUGGAUUAUCAUAGUUGUGGAAAUCUAAAGGUCCACAAAUGGUCUUUUUCUUUCUUCUAAAGCUGCAUGCCACAGUGUUGAAAUAGAAUAGGGCAUCUUAAUUAGGCAACAGCAAGGUAAAGGGUCUGCUGGCUUGGACUAGUUGCUGCUCUACACCCACUUCUCCACCAUUUGGCAUUCAUUUUUAGUCCAAGGCGGCCUGUAUGUCAUUUUAUUGACUUACGAUGUUUGGUGGCCUCUUAGCUGUGUCUCACCUCCAUCCUGAUUCCUCUGCCAGUUAGCAGACAUUGUGCAGGCAUCACCUUGUGGCUGUUUUGCCAUAUCCCAAAGUAGUGUGCAAAUGAGCUCACAUGACAUGAAUGAGAACAGGGUCCAAUUUAAAAUGAAGAAAAGCCUCCUCCGUUCCCCUUACAGCUCUGCAGCAGGUGGGCUUGUGAAAUACUUAAUGCUAGGCGCUUCGUGGCACAGCGUGCAUGAUUUCCUGCUCCUCGGGCCUUGAUAAUAAACCAGUCCUGAAGUUUGAGUUCGUGUUGUGGAUGCCAUGGGGCAUUUGUGCACUACUAUACCCGUGAUGCAUGGUACCUUCUGGUGGUGCGCUCUUGGCCUUUUCAGUCCCAUGUUUAACCCGGUUUUCUCUUUGGGAGCUCAUUCUCAUAUUACUUCAGGGCAUGAUAAAGUCAACUCGGGGUAAAUUUACAGCACCUGUUCUACACGAGGCUACAGAAUAUCCCCUGAGCUGUCUCCUUGCCAGGUGGCUAGCAAACCCUCCUUGGCUCCAGCAUUUGGCAAACUGUACGCGCAUAAACCUUUGGGAGAGUCGUCUUAUGCAUGUUGCUGAAUCAAACCAGCUCUUUGUGUAUAACAGCUGUGCAGGGGAAGGAAAGGCUUUUUCAAAUACAUAUAGGACCCCCACAGACCCUUGCACCAGUAGCUGUUGAAGUGGGAGGGGUGCGUCAGCUGGUGCCUGAAUGCUCAGCUGUAGAGCCGCCACCGCAAGCGUCCAUUCCAAGCAACGCUUCGGCUUCUUGUGCUAUUAUUGUCUCUAGAUAACUCCAGCCCACUUUUUAGCCAUGUCGUAGGGGUGGAGGGAGACAGAAUUUCCAACUAUAAUUACGGCAGAGCUUACUGAAUUGUGAACAUGUUAGGCCCAUAACACAUACUGGAGGGGGGGAAAUAGCCAUCUGGGUUCUGUUACCAAUGUUGUCUACCAAAAGAAAGGCAUUUUUGUGUCUUGCCUGACACAAACAACUUCACAUUUUUUUACCAAAAGGCUGUUGCAUUGGGAGAGAUUAUUCUGCUCCCCGCUCCCCACCUCCAGUUCGAAAGACUCGGCAUCCUGUUCACCUUCCCCUCUGCUGCUGUUCGUCUGGCCCAGGGCCCCAGUGUCCUUGGAAACUGUAUCCAAGGUUACGGUAUUUUCCAGUUCUUUGUGUCAGGUUCUGCUUGCUUUAUCUUGCUUUUUAAUUGACUGCAGGUUAACAAAUGCAGGGCAGGUUUUAAUGGGUCAGGGUUUAACCCUUUGGGAGGGGGGUGUCACUUUUCAAAAUGCACCUUUUUCAUUCUUGGGCAAAGCAGAAUACGUAUCGAAGUGAGUGUGUUAUGUACAUAGCUGGAGCUAAGGGGGAGGGAGUUAGGCCCAUUCUCUGUUUGUUUGUUGUUGUCAAGUCUUGACUGCAGCUGUACAAAGUGGGGUAUGUCUGUGGAUUCCCUGAGAGGCUGUGUUUCUGUUUUCCUUGACUUGGCAGCGGCUUAUUACAGUUUGCUGUCAUUAGUGCCGCACACCCAAAUGCUCCUAAGUGUGUCAGGUGCAGCAUGGCUGGGCAGGGGGUGGAAUAUAAACCUAAGCAAUGGCUCCAUCUGUGAUUUAUCAAAUGGUUGUGAACAGGCCAGCCAAUUGGGGAUGGAAACACUGCAGCUAUCAACUCAGCCUGUAGUCUAGAGUAAUACGAAGUCCAGAAUCUCGAAGGCCGCUCUGUUUUCUGCUAUGGAACCAUAAGUUUCUCCUGCGCUUGUGGGACCUUCCCUUUCCACAGCCAGCAACAGGUACUCCGGCACAUCCCAUCUUCUGGGUUCUUGUAUGUGGGCAGCCUUUGAGGUUACCCAUGGUGGCCCCUUGCCCAGUAACUGCAGCAUCUUGACUUCUUCAAUUGUGGCGAAGCAGGCCAAGCUUGCCAGAAGAAGUGGGCUCAGAGUCACCCCCCCGUAAUGGAUCACCUUGGCAGGAGGAUGGAAAAGGGGUCCCACUUGUGAAGGCUGUGUUUUGACGGCCCAACCCCGAGAAAAUUUGCACGUAAACCUUAUUAUCACAAGCGGAAGUCCUCUUUGUUCCAGCAGGAUCAGAACUUGUUCGCCUUGCCCUGGAUCAGGGCCAUAUUCUGUAAACAUUCUAAGGAACUUGUGAGUUGCUUCCGAUUACAGCCGGUCGGGGAAUUGGGAGGCAGAGGGGCAAACAAGUGCUGCCCUUGUAAGUCAUGGCCAUGAAUAUGUUACAGAGAGGUGGGAACAAUUUUUUUAAAAUUCCCCUGGAGAUUAAGGAAUAGAAUUUUUAGUUAAAAGGAUCAGCCUUUACAAACGGAAAACUAGCUGCUAUUUUAACUCAUGUUGGUAUUAUGCUUUCUUUAUAUUUAGUUUCAUUUUUUUCAGGUGGGGAAAAUGUCAUGUAGCUUUAAAGGGGCUGCAUCACAAUGGGAAAACUUUUUAAUGUGUUUACUGUUUUCUGAAACUGCCUUGAUUGCCUCUAGGAUGGUUUUGUGGCUCUUAUGACUGCAGUUUAAGCUCUUGUUUUAUUUUGUGGUGUGGUGGUGUUGAUAUUUUUAAAACUUGAGAACUUAAAAAAAAAACCCUGAUUUACUUCCCUUGCGAUGAUGUACAAACUUUUUGAUUGCUGUGAAACUGCUGAUUCUCUAUUAAAAAAACCUUAUUUUAUUUCA